AUCGAAGAGUUUGGGCUUUAAGAUAGUUUUCGGGACCAAUAAACUGAUAACAUUUUCUUCGGACAAAUAACUAAAACCCUAAUUCUGUUAAAAAAAAAGAAAAAAGAAAAAAACUAAAACCCUAAUAAUUGUUCCGAUCGAAUUUAACAACAACAAUUCCUAAUUCGUUCCGAUUGGCUGCCAAUCGAAGAUGACAGAAAAAGAGCGCAAAGAAAUAGAGGAAUCGCCACUGCCGCCAUUAAAGGUAGAAGAGGAGAAAGAAAUAGAGGAGGAAGAAGAAGAAGAUUUGUACUUUUCAUCAGACUCAGAAACAGGUGAGUCAUUGGAUUACUUGGACUCGAGGGAAGAUGCAGAAGGCCGAAUAUUCGAUAGCUCCUUCACACUACUUCACACAAGGCGGCCAAAUGCCCAUGGUGGGCUCCACUCCCGACCGAAUACUUCUUCCCUUCAGCCCAUUUCCAAUAAAUCGCAGAAGUUGUCCAGUCACAUCCGGGCUGCUCCAUUGGAGGAGUGGGAAGGGAGGUUCAGUACUGGAAUGUCGAACUCUGUGACAACUGCAAUUCGUGAGAGUGUUCGUGGUAUGUCUAUUGGUAAGACUAGGACAACUGAGAAAGCCGACCGUGCCACUGUUGAGCAGGCAAUUGACCCUAGAACCCGUAUGGUUUUAUUCAAAAUGCUGAAUCGGGGUGUAUUUAAUGACAUCAACGGAUGCAUUUCAACUGGAAAAGAAGCGAAUGUAUAUCAUGCUACUAAAACUGAUGGUCAAGAACUGGCGAUCAAGAUUUACAAAACCUCGGUUCUUGUAUUCAAGGAUAGAGAUCGCUAUGUACAAGGUGACUACAGGUUUAGAUAUGGGUAUUGCAAGCACAAUCCUCGAAAAAUGGUGAAGACAUGGGCCGAGAAAGAAAUGAGGAAUCUAAUGAGGCUAAAGGCAGCAGGAAUCAGGUGUCCAGCUCCACUAAUGUUGAGGCUUCAUGUUCUGGUCAUGGAAUUUAUAGGAAAGGAAGGUUGGGCUGCUCCUAGGCUUAAAGAUGCCGAUUUAUCUCAUGAUAAAUUACGUGAAAGCUAUGUCGAGAUUAUCAUGGUUAUGCGGACAUUAUAUCAGAAGUGCAAGCUAGUGCAUGGAGAUCUCAGCGAGUAUAACAUACUAUAUUAUGAGGGUCACUUGUACAUAAUUGAUGUUUCGCAAACAGUUGACCUUGACCAUCCUCAUGCCCUUGAUUUCCUUAGAGAGGAUUGUCUUCAUGUUUCUGAUUUUUUUAGAAAAAACGGAGUAGCUGCAAUGACAAUACGUGAAUUAUUCGAUUUCAUAGUGGAUCCUACAAUUUGUGAUGAUUCGGUGGACAGUUAUCUAGAAGAGGUCCAACAAAAGAUUUUGGCUAGAGGUGACAUGAUCUCCGCAGAGGAAGAGAUUGCGGAUUCCGUAUUUGUGCAGUCAUUCAUUCCGAAGACUUUGGAUAACGUAAAGAAUGCUGAGGAGGACGUGCAACGAAUCAUAAGCGGGAAGGACACUGGAGACAUGUACUAUCAAACUAUUACAGGUCUCAAGAAUGUUCUUUCUGUGUCCCAAGCAGAAAAGGAUCAACAGAUCCAAAGCAACGGUGAGCCUGUAAUAGAGGAGGAAGAAGACGAAAGUGAUGACGAUGAUGAAGACGAUGAUGACAGUGAUGAUGACAGCGAUUCUAGUGAGAAACAGACCCCAGAAGAGCGGAAAACGGCGAGGAAAGAGAACAAAAAGAAAGUUAAAGAAGAAAAGAGAGAGGCUCGAAAGAGUAAAAUCCCGAAAACCGUCAAGAAGAAAAAGAAGAAACUUGCUAAAGCCAAGAAGAACCGCUGAGAGAUUAGAGCGGCCUUGUUCCUUGUAAGUAGCGUAGAGCAAAAAAAAAAAAAAUUUAUUCGGGUUUUUUUUUGAGCAAUUUUGCUUUGUAUUAGUAUUAUAAAUCGACAUAUUUCAGAUUUUUUUUUUUUUUUUUUGGCUUUGUAAGACGAGAAGAUUAUUGAUCAAAUUUCAAUUGCUA